AUGGCGGAAUACAACAGACAAGAGUCCGAAGAGACUAUUCACCAAAAGACUGGCUGUGUGAGAGACCAGUUGAAAGUUUUUAUUACUCAGUUGAAUGAGAAAAGCGAGUCAGAACCAACGGUUCCCGGCCUAUCAGUCGCAGCCGUGACAGAUGCUUCGGAACGAUUUAAGCUGUGGGCAGGCAGCGUAGGGGCAUUUUUGGGGCCAACAAGAAAGCUCUCCCUAGACUACAGGCUCUCAGGUACCCCGGAGAUACGAUAUGAGAUUCUCAGGCAGUUAGAAGACAUCUUGGGGGCUACACACGACCUCUUGAACAUUAUCUGUGGAACUCGUGAGAACAGGAACAUAACGUUAAGUUUAGCCGUUGAACAGGAGGCAGCAUCCCGGCCUUCAGCAAUUAGCCCGCCGCUGAGUGAGUCUCAAAUGAUUCUCGAGAUCAUCUCAGAGUCGAUAAGCUCGCUGUUCAGAAUUGGCAUUCUUGUCCGCAAAGCGACGUCCCGUGACCGUUUCAGCCAGGCGCUUCAGGUGUCCGAUCUAACCUUUUCCAAGGAGGCUGAUAUCAGUUACGUCCGACAAAAACACCCCAAACUUGGUCAAGGGUGGCUCUCCACUCGCCUAGGUGGUGCCGUUGCCAAACGAAGACAGUUUAUCGCCUAUUCUCGAGAUCACAAGUCUCGGCUUGGUGGCGACGAAAGUAUCAACGAUUACUCUGCGUCGCGUACAGAAAUAUUGUCCAGUAAAGCCACAACGAUUGCUCCCUGCAUAGACCUAAGAACACAGGAAGAGGAGGAAUUUGACGCCUUGUCGUUGGUAACUGCUUCGACAAUGAUGGAUUCGUCUUCACUUCUUCGAUUACCAUCCCUGGCGGACUUGUCGAGGGAAGGAGAGCCGUUCGAGUGCCCCAUCUGCUUCAUGCUUCUAUCGUUCCAACGAGAGAAAACCUGGAAAGCACACGUGUUCCACGACCUUAAAGCCUAUGUCUGUACAAUAGGUGGCAGCGAGUGUGGUGAUCUUCUGUUUGGGGACCGUGACUCCUGGUUUGACCAUGAGCUAGAUCAUAGGGCAAAAUACAUUUGCUCUUUUUGUUCUCAAGUGGGAGUGACUUCGAGGAGCAAUCUUCAGUCCCAUCUGGCCACGCAUGGCACUUUUGGCGAUCAGCAACUGAAAGCGCUGGAAGACGCUGGACGUGUCAGUACGUACGAUUUGACAGCCUACGACUGUCCCUUUUGCGAUGAGUGGGCAGACGAGCUUAAGCGGAAGAGAGAUGAGCAGCCUCACCGCGUUGCCUCAGUAGGAGCUUGCCAAGACAUUUCCGUUAGUACGUCUAGGUUCAAGAGGCACGUCGCGACGCAUCAGGAGCAGCUAGCAAUCUUUGCGAUACCUCGAGCCACCAGAGACGAAAUAGUGCAUGGUGAGGGAUCUACCAUCAGUUCUAUGUCUGGCAACGGUCCAUCGCGCAUUGCCCCCGACUUGGAAGGGCAAAGAAGCCCUCUGCCUCUUGGUAGUUCAGAACAGGGCAGCACCCAGAACGAGCUUGAGAUUAUGAGCGAGACCGGAUCAGAGAAGCCACCGAUGCUUGAUAGGCCUGCAGAAGACUUCCCAUGGGAAAACAGUGACGAUGAGGAUCCUUUUAGCCUAUUAUCUCAAAGCCAAGAGACGGAGGCGACUGGCCAAACUAUCUCCGAGAGACGAGGACACCCAGGUUUCCUUCAGACUACCGCCCGCACGCCAUCACCAGGGCCCUUUCAUGCAGCGCCAGCCCACCUCGAUUAUUCAGCACUAAAACACCUUAAUACUUCUAUGACAGAUUAUCCUAAGCAUGACAUGGAGAGCAUUGACGGGAAGGCCAGCCUCGCCCCACCCCCCCAUCAACAUCCCCCUGACGGUAUCUGCGCAGUUUGCUGGGUUCAUACUGAGACAAUUAAUCCCAACCAGGAAUUUGCAAAACUCUCGGUACUUUCAACCUCUUCAGCUCUUAGUUCAGACCAGAGAAUGGAGUCAGACCUGUUCCAGUGUUCAGAAUCGGACUGCAAAAAAUGGUUUGGGUCUAACCGAGAUCUCAAGUACGCCUUCUAUCCUUAUCUAUCUAAGAAUUUGUAG